AAUGGCGGGUUUAAUUAAUAUCAAUGAAGCGUGUGGUGUUUUAUCUACUUUAUAACGUGAAUGAUUAGAAGCUUUUUAAUGCACUGCCCCAACGUAAAUAGCACAGUACUGUGUCUUCUUAGUAGUAGCAAACAACAGAAGAAGGACGCCCUUUAAUACAUUAAUGCCUGGUUUAUAAGUUGCUGUAAGUGGAUCUUGAAUACAUUUUGGUUUUCAAAUAAUCGCGCCGAGAUAGAAGACACGCAGGGACCGUUUGAAGUUGAGAAGAUGCUGUGCGACGAGCAGACUGAGGACCUUGUGCUGUAUCCAUACCCUGAAGAGGAGGAUCACCUGUUUUCUAGUGAUGACAAUGCUUUCCCUGAAGGUAGCUCCCUUUCGGAGGCAUUGCUUACUUUAGUGGAGCCUUUGUCUGAGCAUACCCAGCAGCCUUUAACUUCCUGGCCCUGCUUUUUGCGUUAUAAGACUGAGCUAUGCAGCCGCUAUGCUGAAACCGGCAACUGUAAAUAUGCAAGGAAAUGUCAGUUUGCUCAUGGGCUACAAGAACUUCGUGUACCUUCACGCCACCCAAAGUACAAGACUGAGUUAUGCCGGUCAUUUCAUACUGCAGGCUUCUGCCAGUAUGGAGUUCGAUGCCUGUUUAUCCAUAAUCUAGAGGAAAGGAGAGAUCCUGAUGAGCAGAAGCAGCCCAUUAGCAAAUACAAGACGGAGCCAUGCCGCACAUUUCUCCUGUUUGGAAUCUGUCCCUAUGGUAGUCGCUGCAAUUUCAUUCAUGUAGAAGACAAUGGUGAGGCAAGACCGCAAUUGCCUGCAGAGUCUCCAACUACCUCUUCUUUCACUCCAGGUAAAGGGCGUCCCACAUUUCAGUCCUGGAAGAAUCGUCCGUCUGUAGCGUGUCGUAAUUUUGCUGCUUUUGGGUUCUGCUUGUAUGGAAACCGCUGUCGUUUUCAACACAAUCUGGAGAAAAGACAUUUAGAACUUAUGCCAACUGCAGAGUCCUCGGACUACUACUUGAAUUAUCCUUGCUUGAUUCAAACCCGUAGUCGAGCUGCAUCUCCGGUUUCAGAUGAGGCCUCGUCCACUUCAGUCACUCCUGAUUAUCGUGAUGAUAGCCCAUCUCCAGGUCCUGUUGACAAGCAAGCCAACAAUGCAUUCAGCUUUUCUGAUUUGCUGUUGCCCCUAACAUGGAGACUACAGGACUUGGAGAAUGGCCAUCAAGGUUUAACCCCGGAGUCUGAUGUCUUUAAUCUUUAACACCAAAAAUGGUCUUCCUAGCCGUGUUUGCUGCUAUCUGUACAUUUUAGGCAUACCUGUUUAGGUUUGUAGCUGAAAGACCAAACGUUGUCUUUUCUUAAUUUCUACUUGGCUAAAUUUUUAUCUUUAUUGAGAUGUAAUUUGCAUGUGGGGGUUUUUAAUAUUUAUAUUAAGUUUUAGUUUCUUACUAAAUUAGGUUGCUGGUCAUCCUGAUCUGUUUGAUCACUUUCAUAUUUAUCAUUUUAAAGAGGAGUUUAAUAUCCUCGAUUACUGGAUUUUUAUUUUUUUUUUCCCGCUUUAUUGGCUCAUGAAUAGGGAAGGUUUUUUUCUUUUCUCAGUUUGACCUUUUUGAAUACAGAAAUCAAAUUUGCCAAAUAACCGCUUCCACUUCUAAAGUGAACUGAUUUUCAUUCAAGCCUAACUAGCUGUGAUCACUGAACAGCAGACUUGUGAAUCCUGCCUAAUCUCUGCUACGCUGGAGAUGGAGGGCUUCCUGAAAGGCUUAAAUUUAAAUGGUGCGCUUGGGGAUGGAGACUUGCUUCCUUAAACUUUUUUUUUUUCAUUUUUUUUAAAUUUUAGAAUUUUAAUUUUGUUCUAUAAGCAUUUCAUCAAACUUGGCUAUGGUUUGCAUAGAAAUCUGAAGCUGUUAAUUGUGAAAAAUGCUGCCAUGCAUAGGUGAUGGCCGACAAAUUGCAGUCCAUAGUCUGUCCCACUUCAGUUCUCCUUUUUUUAUAUGAAGUAUAGCCUUGCUGCUGUCUUAACCUUUUUACUUUUUAAGAUGUCUUCCACGCCUGCUCUCCUCUCUUGAGAGAAGUCAACCUGUGUGGAAAUGGUGACAGGCUGCUAAGUUUGCAAGGACUGGACUGCAAGUCCCCUAGUGAUGAGCUCCACUGGCUGUUUCAGAUCCUGCGUAUUGGAGUCUGCAUGCACUCUGUACAUACUGUAGAUAUUAAAAUUGAAUGGUUAAUACUAAGUUAAUUAUUUAUCUUGCAAAGUAUUGGGUGUUUAAUUCAGCUUACCCGAGUUAGAGUGCUCUUUUGUAUGGAUAAUUUAUUUAUUUUUCACCUACUAAUAAACACAGUAAAUAAAGUGUGUUUUGCUUUUUGAAAACUGGAAUGUGUGUGUGAUUUUUGUUAUAAAUUUUGGAAAGUGGCAAACCUUAAUGCCUGUGAAGAGUCGGGUGAAAUUUUCUCAUCUCCAGGGCCCCCUCCAAAGGUCAGGAUAGUUGGUUCAAGUACGUUUCUUUUAUUACCUUUUUAACCUUUUGAUUUAUAUUUUUA